AUGGCAGAUGGUGGAGGAAUUCGCGGGAUAUGCGAACUCAGGGUCUUAGACGAGAUCAUGAAGCGAGUCCAGAAAGCGCAAAAUCUAGCCACCAUACCGAAGCCAUGCGACUAUUUUGAUCUCAUGGGAGGCACGAGUACUGGCGGGCUCGUUGCCAUCCUCCUCUCGCGGUUCAAAAUGACGACGACGGAAGCGAUUGAGGCUUACUACGACUUCUCGGGUAAGAUAUUUUCGAAAAGAAAUAGGAAGGGGUUUAUGGCCUACUUGGCUGGUCAUCCGUUCAACGAGCGUCCUCUUGAGAACAUCAUCAAGGAGAUGGUCGCCGCUCGUCAAAUAGGAGAGCUUAUGAUCGAUCCUAGGCCUGAAGCUCGGUCUAAGGCCUUUGUCUGCUCGCAGCCCGCGCAUAAACAGGGACAGGCGACUCGCUUCAGAACGUACGAACCGCCACCGCCUUUGAAGAGAGACGCUUCUCUGGACAUCCCCUCUCCAUCAGGAUCUUUAUCGUCGUCAUCCUCAUCUUCCCAUUCCUCGCCUUCGAACGCCCCCUCUCGAUCCUCGGCUUCUUCAGUGGAGAGUACCCCCGUGGCUGGCUCGCCUAGACUCGAGGGCCCCAUGCCUGUGGUGAGUGACCCGUGGAAUGAGUACAGAGAUAUCCAGAUCUGGGAAGCCGCUCGCGCCACGACCGCCGCGCCGUCGUACUUCGACCCCAUAGUAAUUAGCCGUGGCGGUGAUACUAGGACUUUCAUCGACGGGGCAAUGGGCUGUAAUAACCCGGCAAAAGAAGUCGUGGAUGAGGCGGCGGCCCUUUUCGGAACGGACUGUGUUCUGGGCUGUCUUGUCAGCUUAGGGACCGGGUUCUCCGGCGAGGUAACAAUCGGGGAAGCCCAAAAGGGGGUUAAAAAGAUGGUCGGUUUGAUCAACAACCUGAAGAAGAUAGCUACGAAUACCGAAAAGGUACACGAAGACCUCCGGAACCUGAUACGGGCUGACCUGGACACCUACUUCCGGUUCCAGCUCCCUGCUGGAGCCGAAAAUAUACGCUUACACGACUACAAGAAGCUCGAUGAGCUGUCUCGGCUCAUGCAAGUGUAUAUCGAGAAGGAGUCUUCAGAGAUCGACAAGGUUGUGCGAAUAUUAGUGGACAAGGCAAAGCCGCGAGGUAUUAGCCUCGGCCAGAUCGCGGGUGCCGACCAUGGCCAGAUCACCCCACCCAAGAAAGAUAUUCGCAGCCGACCACAUGUGAGCGAGUUCUUCGUCGGAAGGAAAGAGUAUCUCGAGACCCUUGCCGACGCUCUGUGCCCGGAUCCGCAGCGACCAAAUCGCAAGAGGCAUCACCUCCUCUACGGCCAACCGGGUGCCGGCAAGUCUCAGACAGCCGCUAAGUUCCUAGACGAUUACGGACAUUGGUUUGACAUGAUAUUAUGGGUCGACGCUAUGAGCAAGGAAACACUCGAAGCUGGGUUUAAGGAGCUCAGGGGCUGUUCAGAAUUCGGCUAUACAGGCGACGGUUCGGCUCAGUCAAUACUCCACUGGCUCCAGACGACAGAACAUUCCUGGAUUCUCGUGCUUGACGAUGUGCGCGGCGAUGUAAGCAAGUAUGUGCCCCAGGGCAAUAACGGAGCCGUCUUCUUUACGAGCCAGGACAAGUUUAUGCAGCCCACUCAGAGGUCGGCGACCAUGUUGGAUGUUCUGGGCGAAGGGGAGGCAGUCGAGCUACUGCUCAGCAGCGCGCAACUCGAGGAAGAGGCAGACGACAAAAUACGCAGGGACGCAGUGAACCUGACGAAGUCCCUUGGCUACUUGCCCCUGGCCAUUGAACAAGCAGCGGCGACGGUCCGGAUGCAGCAGUGGGGAAUUGAAGAGUACGCGAAAAAAUUCGAGAGCCACCGUGACGUCUUACUGAGCAGAGCAGGUUCCGACUCCCAGAAUGAUUCGCUCGGCCUCCAAGCCGUGCACGCAUCCUUCGACGUCACGUACAAGGUCAUAAACACGCAAGCCCACGACGUUUCCAACGAGGCGAAGGCCGACGCGGCGAAAUACGCCCUUCAGCUGCUAAACCUGUUCUCCUUCUACCACAACGAAGGCUUGAUGGGGAACAUUCUCAAGCGCGCGGUCAAGCUCCGCCCGGAAGAUAGGAAGGAGGAUGAUUACGGAACCGGCAUAUGGUCGUUCGCGGAUCUACUAGCAACAGACGAGUCUGGAGAAUGGAUCGAGCACCGGUGGCAGUUAGGCGUGGACCUGUUGAUUUCAUACUCGCUGGUAAAAGUGGCUAAAGACGACCAAGUUCGAAGAGUGUACUCUAUCCACGGUCUCGUGCAUGGUUGGGCAAGGGAAAGAAUGCCUGAGCAUCCCCGCUCCGUGCGAGCGAAGGCUGCCAGGUUGAUCCUUUUCGACUCGUUUACUGAAAAUCAAUCUACUCACGAUGACUUCCAAUACGGGUUCAAGAUCCUUCCGCACACAAGGGCCGUUAUGAAGACUACAGAAAGUGUCUCGAGUGACAUGUCACUAGAGAUCACUCACCAAUAUAAACAUUGCCUCCUACUGGAGGCAGCAGGGGUUAGUGGUAUUGACCUUAGUGAGUUGGUGUCAGUUCUCUUGGCUAGCCAAGGACAUCACGGAGGGCUUUCCGAGAGGUUUCUCGAAAUCGCAGACACUGUUAUCGAAGCGACGAAACGUCGGGGGAUGCUUCUUCCAGCCCUUGAGCUCUCAAGGAGUUGCUACAGGGCACGGGCACUGCUCUACGGGAUGGAGCAUAUGAAUUCGGUGCGUAAUCUGGUAACCACUGCAUCACUCUGCAUCGAGUUGGGGCAGUAUAUACGUGCUGCAGAAACGCUGUACCUUUGCCUCUGGAUCUACGAAGAAAUCCAUCCGGAGGAGGAUAAAUUGCCGAUCAAAACCGCCUUGGCCAUAGCUCAUUUCCACAAUCAUCAAACAGACCAGGCCAGAGACUACCUACUUGAAACGGUAGAAGAGGCUAAGAGGCGGUAUGGUACAUCCCAUCCGAAGACUCUCGAGUGUCUAUCCAACCUAGCUAUCUUCCAGACAGCCCAGGAGAAUUUCGAGGAAGCAGAGAGCAUGCUGAAACACGUUAUGGAGAUAGAGGAUAAGCUUUUCGGAUCCAGAUAUAUGAGCCGAACCUACACUCUUCACAAUCUCGGGAUAGUGUAUUACUACCAAGACAGAUUCGACGAGGCGGUAGAAUGUUUCUCGACAGCGUCAAAGCUAAGCAGGACCCUCUCUCAUUUCGAUGUCAGAUAUUAUUACCAACAAUACGCGUUGGCGAUGGCAGUAUACCAUAAGGGAGACCGGAAAUGGGCUAUCGAGCGCAUCAGUCGGUGUUGCACAAGAUUCAAGCAAAUGCUGAGCGAGCAACAUCUUUACAUAGAACAGGCCGAGCGGCAGAGGGAUUUAUGGAUAGAGAUAGGAGAUAAAGAUCUAGACUCUAACUAUGACGAGGCUCCCUUAUUUCCGAUCUUUCGGUAUUAG